ACCAAUUCGAUGGCGUUCAGAGGGUUUGGAGCAGCCGCGCCGGCGGCCGGCGGCUUUGGCGGCUUCGGCGCGCCCGCGCAGCCCGCGACCGGCUUUGGCGCAUCACAACCUUCGACUGGCUUUGGCGGCUUUGGCGCUGCGCCCGCGACCGGCGCGGCCUCUCCGUUCGGCGCUGCCCCGGCGGCCGCGUCGCCGUUUGGUGGCGGUGCCAACUCGUCGCCGGCCUUUGGCACGUCGAGCACCUUUGGCGCGAGCACGACGAGCGCGUUUGGUGCGCCUGCUGCGCCUGCAACGUCGGCCUUUGGCAACACUUCGGCGGGCACGAGCGUCGGCUUUGGCGGCUUUGGCGCUGCGCCGCAACAACAAACGUCGGCCUUUGGCGCUGCCGCGGCCCCGGCCGCGAGCCCGUUUGGCCCGACGCCGACGACCGCCGCAGCGAGUCCGUUUGGCGGUGGCGGUGGCAUGUUUGGCGCAGCCGCGCCCAAGCCCGCGUUCGGGACGGGCGGUUUCGGCAGCACGGCGACGACCAGUACGUUCGGCGCGACCUCGGCCCCUGGUGCGUUCGGCGCGCCUACGCAGCAGACGUCGGCCUUUGGUGCGCCAGCGUCGACGGGCUUUGGCUCGUCGGGCUUUGGCGCGCAGCCGUCGACCGGCUUUGGCGCCGCUCCGAGCGCCUUUGGUGCCCCCGCGCAGCAGACGUCGGCCUUUGGCAGCGCGGCCGCGAGCCCGUUUGGUGCCGCACCCGCGACCACGUCAGCGUUUGGCGCUCAGCCCACGUCGGCGUUUGGCGGCGGCGGCGGUUUUGGCGCACAGGCCAACAGCGCGCCGCAGUGCGGUACGGGCAACCCGCCGUACGUCACGUCGUCCGAGCAAGAAUCCGAGAAGGGCAAGCCCGCGACGACGAUCCACUACCAGUCGAUCUCCAAGAUGCCGCAGUACCAGCACAAGUCGGUCGAAGAGCUCCGAUGGGAAGACUAUCUCAAGCGCACGGACCCCGCUGCCGCGCAACAGCAAGCCAACUUGGUGCCCAACACGGGCGCGACCGCCUCGACGACGACAAGCACGGGCUUUGGCGGCUUUGGCGCUGCGCCGACGACCACGACCGGCGCGUUCGGCGCCAAGCCGCCGCUUGGUGGCGGUGGCUUUGGCAGCACGACCACAUCUGCCUUUGGCGCGGCCCCCGGCGCCUUUGGGUCGCAGCAGACGUCGGCGUUUGGGUCGCAGCCGGCGGCACCGUCGGCGUUCGGCUCGGGUGGCUUUGGCUCGCAGCAGCCGGCUGCCGGUGGCUUUGGCUCGACCGCCACCAACAGCAUGUUUGGCAAUACGACGACGUCGGCAUUUGGUGCGCAGCCGGCGCAGCCGCAGACAAACUCGGCGUUUGGCGGCUUCGGCGCUACCAACACCAACACGACGACGUCGGGCUUUGGCACGGCGUCGCCCGGUGGUGCGUUUGGCUCGGGUGGCUUUGGCUCGCAGCAACCGACGGCCGGCGGCUUUGGCACCGGUACGACGACGACGACCGGUGCUUUUGGCGGCUUUGGCCAGUCGACGACGUCGCCGGCCCAAACCACCAAUGCGUUUGGGGGUAGCAACAGCGCGUUCAGCUUUGCCAAGCCGUCGACGCCUGCCGCCGGUGCAUUUGGUUCGACGGCGCCAAGCACGAGUGCGUUCAGCUUUAGCGCGACGCCGUCGACGCCGGCGACGACAGGCGGGCUCUUUGGCGCCUCCAACACGACCAGCGGUACCGCGGGUGGCUUUGGCUCGUUUGGCGCUCCAAAGCCGCAAACCUCGACGUUCGGUGGCUUCGGCUCAACGACAGCGACACCGCCGACCACCGGCGGCUUUGGCACUCCGACAACCGGAACGUCGAUGUUUGGCGGCGGAUCGACGGCGUCCACGACGCCGGCUCCGUUUAGCUUUGGCGGUAGCAGCAACACUACGAGCGGCUUUGGUUCCACCCCCGGCGCGAGCCUCUUCAACAAGCCCGCGGCCACGGGCGGUGCGACGCAAGGCUUUGGCGGAUCGCUCUUCUCGACACCCGGCGGGUUUGGGGCGCCGACCCAAACGGGCGGCUUUGGGCAGCCGACAGCCCCCGCGGCGCCGACGACGCUUGUUGCGGGCCACGACGCGAACCCGUACGGCGCUGGCUCGUUUGGCGCCGGUCUCAUUGAGCAGCAGAUCAAGACGACGCUGACGCUCCCCGUGCCGAACGCGAUGCCGCGGUCCAAGGCCGUCGACGCGGUCGAGUACCAGCGCCCGUCGUCGCUCAUGCGCCCGGUCGCGACCGUCCCGACGUUUCUGAGCGUGCCCAAGACGACCGUUUCGGCGCCGACGCCCGCGCGCCGCCUGCUCGACGAGACGGCGAGUGCACCGGCCGCCGACUUUAGCUUUGCGACGACCAAGUUCAAGAGCAUUGCGACCAAACAGCUCAACAUUGACACGCCGCCAAAGGUGCGCCGGGUGCCGCCGCCGACCGCGCCGCAUGUGAUUCCGGCCGAGACCGAAGCGUCGUCGACCGCGGCGACCGUGACGCUCUCGGUCUCGCUGCCGUCCAAGACGACGCUCGAGGUCCAAGUCGACGCGCUCGCGACCGGCGCCGAUGUCCGCGCGCUGAUUGGCGAAAAGGCCGGGCUCACAGGCGCGUUUGACGUGCACUUUGACGGGGCGCCGAUCAAUGCGUCGAUGACGGCGGCGUCAUUCGCUCACGGAUCUCUCGAGGUCGUGGCCGCCCAGCCGUUUGUGAGCUUCGACUCGUUCUACGCGUCGGCCACGAGCGCGUCGACGUCGGCAUUUGCAUCGGUGGCCGAGAACCCGUUGGCGCCGACGUUGACCAAAGAGGGGUACUACACGAUGCCGGAUCUCUCGCAGCUUCGCACGAUGACGACCAAGGAGCUCCAGAACGUCGACAACUUUGCCGUCGGUUGCAAGGGCCUCGGCUGUGUGCAGUGGUACGGUGCGACGGACGUGACCAACCUCAACUUGGACGACCUCGUGCUCUUCUCGACGCGCGAGGUGGUCGUCUACCCGGAUGAAGACAGCAAGCACGCGCUCGGGAGCGGCCUCAACCGCCCGGCGCUUGUCGAGCUCCUCCAGGUGUACCCGCCGACGCAAGACGCCAAGCGUGAAAAGUACAUUGAGCGCGUCAUUGCGCGCACCGAGACGAUGGACGCGACGCACGUCGACUACAACCCGGACGCCGGCGUGUGGAAGUUCCGCGUCGAGCACUUUAGCCGGUACGGCCUCGACGACGACGAGAGCGACGACGAGCAAGCAACGGCGACCGAUGCUGCCGGGCUCCAGCAGGUCGCGACGCAGUUGCAGCUCAACCCGCACCGGCUGCACGAACUCUCGGCUAUGUACUUGCCGUCGGAAGCUGAAAAGGUGGUGACGCCGGUCCCGACGCUCUCGGCGAGCCGCCUCGCGGUCGUCGAGCCAGUGCCUGCGACGCCGUCGGCCCCAGUGCCUCGGUCGCUCACCGUGUACCCUGUCGUGACGCCGUCGACGUCGACGGUCCUUGGCCUCUGGAACGCGCCGCUCAAGUCGCUCGACCUUGGCAUUUUUCUCGGCCGGUCGUUUCGUGCUUCGUUUGGUCCGCAGGGCGACCUUGUGACGACGCACGCGGCGCAGCGCGUGGCAAUCUACGCCCGGACGCCGGCCACCGGGACGUCGCUCCUCACUGCGCACCGAAGCGUGAGCCGUCAAGACCCGUUGUCGUAUCACGUGACGCUGCCGGCCGACGUGUCGGGGCUCCUCUCUGGGUUUACGUCGGCGGCUACGACUGGCCACGACGGUCUCCUCUGGGGCCUUGUGGCGGCCCUGUAUGGCCAAGAGCAUGGCGCACCGUACUUGGCCCCGAUCUCGAACGCGCCAUUGACGCUCAACGAUCUCCCAGCGUUUGAUCGUCGCCAUACUUACCUCAAUCAGUGGUUUGAAAAGGCCGUGACGUGCCCGACGUCGUCGUCGAUGCCGUCGCUCCAGAACGUGCUCUCGCUCUUGUGCCAGCACCGCCUUGUGGACGCCGCGUCGAUGGCCGCGUCGCUCGGCAACUUUCGCCUUGCGACGUUGAUUGCGCAAGCGUCGACGCACCGCGACGGCGACUUCCGCGCCGCGCUCUUGCAGCAGCUCGAGGCGUGGGCGACCAAUGACGCGCUUCAGUUUAUGGAGCCCGAGCUCGCGUGGAUCUACUCGCUCCUCGCGGGGUCGUUUGCGGUCGUGACGCAGCGUCUGUCCCACCUCGACUGGCUCCAGUCGCUUGCGAUCGUGUUUUGGUUUGCCCAAGGCCCGCAGUCGCUAGCAUCCGCUGUCGAUACGUUCACGCGCGCCGUCGCUGCGCAGCAGUGCAAGCCGCCGCUCCUCCACCUCAAGUCGGACCCGAUCAUGGAGCUUCUGAACGUCGCGGUGGGCGCAAAAGCCUCGUUGGUGCCGCUGCUCAACGUGCUCGAGGCCGACGCGGCGUGGCACCUCUAUGACGUCCUCUCGCACUUGCCUGGUCAGUCGCUCCGCCUCUCGCCCAAGCAAGCCGCGCUGCUCACGUCCAACUACAUCUCGACGCUGCUCGACGCCGGGCGUGUCGCCGAUGCUAUCUACGUGGGCCUGACGAUCCCAGACGCAGCUGCGCGCAAGGCCACGGUCCUCUCGCUCCUGCACAAGGCGGGUGCCACCGACGGUCUCUUGGCGUCGCUCCACGACCUCGUGCCGACCGAGUGGUUCCACGACGCAAUGGCGACCAGCGCAAUGGCGAUCGGCGCGCACGUCUCGGCGGUCGACCACUACAUGCGCGCGGGCAACUACGACCACGCGCACCGUGUGCUCCUGCUUCACGUCGCGAUCCCGCGCCUCUUUCGCGGCGAGACGGCCGAGCUCGGCAGCACGCUCCAAGCACUCGAGCCGCACCAAGCGGCGAUCCCGCUCUGGGCCCGGUACGGCGCGGUCGUGCUGAGCUACCUCCGGCUGCGCGAGAGCCCGCACAUUGCGACGCGCCACGUGGUGCUGAGCGUCUGCCGCAAGCUCAAGGAGUGGCAGACACAGCCGCUGGCGCACCUCGGGCACGAGCACGCGCUUCUCGAGCGCGCGGUGCUGGCCAACAUGCUCACGUACAUGACGUCGACUGCGGUCGCGCUGGAGCAGGCGCUGGACGAGUCGGCGUCCGGGCAGUGGCUCGGGCAGUUGCAGGGCUACGUGCAAGCCGACUGCUUUGGCGAAGGGUUCCGCGCCACGAGCCUCAUGCACGUCGGCGCGUCGCUCGUCGAGUAGACAGCGUCGUUGCUGUUAUCUAUCGGUCCCGUCGUUUCCAUAUUUUCCACUAAACAUGAAUUGCGAUACCUGCAUUCUAGUAUUUUAGUGUUUUUUCUACUCUAUCGAUAAGCCGAAAAUGACUAUGAGACAAGAAUGCGA